UUUCAUUUAGCCAAUCAUUGUAGUCGUGGUAAUAUUAAGUACUUAAUGCCAAAUUAAAACGAAAGCAAUACCUGAUUAAGAACAAUAAUAUGCCAUGUUCGGUAUGAAACAAAUAUAUAAACGCUAAUCUUAAGAUGGUUAUGGAACAAACUCCGAAUGGUCGUAUUCCUGAAAAUAAAAGUUUAAUCUGGACAGAAGGAGAUGCGGAUUAUGAUAGUGAGGGCUAUCUUGUUCCAUCGCAGAACAUAUAUAGCGUUAUUUCAGACAAGGAAAAUCAUCAACACACUACAGAUCUACCAAUAUAUUCAUAUGCAACAUGUGGCGAAGUUGAGAACAACUGUACGAGAACAAAACAAAAGAAACCGAAGAAAUUCAUGAAAAAAGUGACAAAAAUUCGAUUGAUUGUUAUUAUGACAACUCUUUUCUUUUUUAUGGCAGUCUCGGG